AUGGCCGACAUGAUACCAUUGGCGAUCCGGUGUCAUCGCGUCGUAUCAAGAUCCAAUCGCAUCCUCCCCACACUAACUCAUCAUCACAUGACUCAAACCGCGACCCGUAAAUACGCCACCAAACCUGCCCCGCCAUCACCCCCCACCACCGACAACAAUCACCGCAACGACAGCAACCCACCACCCAAAGCCGGAAUGGCGAACUCAAAAUACGAAUACACCCGUACCUUCGAGGACCCCCGCCGCCUACUUCCGAACACCUACAUAAUCCUUCGCCUUGACGGCCGCUCCUUCAGCACCUUCAGCGCGACGCAAAACUUCAAAAAACCCAACGACCCUCGCGCCCUGCAACUGAUGAACGCGAGUGCGGCAGCGACGCUCAGGACGCUCACCGACAUCCGGAUGGCGUACGGGGUGUCGGACGAGUUCUCCUUCCUGCUGCCGCGCGAGUGCACGCUGUUCGAUAGGCGAGAGGAUAAGUUGGUGAGCACGGUGGUGUCCACGUUCACGGGGUGGUACGUCUUUCUCUGGCAGCGGUACUUUGGCGGCGGCGAUGCCGCUGCCGCCGAAGAGGGGGAGGGGGAGAGCUUGAGGGCUCCACCUAGCUUCGAUUGUAGAGCCGUUUGUUACCCCAGCGUUGGGAAUGUCCGGGAUUACUUCGCGUGGAGGCAGGCGGAUGCUCACGUCAAUAAUUUGUUCAAUACCGCGUUUUGGACUCUCGUGAUUAGGGGUGGUGUUAGUAGGAGGGAUGCUGAGGCUGAGUUACGGGGAACCUUCGCAGCGGAUAAGAACGAAUUACUCUUCUCCCGCUUCGGGAUUAAUUACAAUAAUGAGCCCGAGAUGUACAGGAAGGGUAGCGUGGUAUAUAGAGAUUACCGAAUCCCGGAGGACGAGGGCGCAGCGGCGGCGGAACCCACCCUUACCGAACCCCUAGAGUGGAGCGAGCGGGAAGGGGAAGAAGGAGAAGAACGGGAAACCACAGCGGUCCCGAAAUUCAAGUCGAAAACGCAAAAGGAGAAGGAAAGGAAGCUCGCGAAAAAGGCCAGGAUAGUGACGGAGCACGUGGACAUUAUCGGUGACGAGUUCUGGCAGAAGCGGCCUUGGCUGCUGGGAAAUGGGAAUUGAUGGAUAGAUAGAUAGAUUGAUAGAUGGGCGGAUAGAUAGAAAAUUAAAAUUAAAAAAAUAGAUAAUUUACAUGGACUAUCUAUCAUA